GUGGCAAUGAGAGACACACCCCCGCACUCAAGAGUCUCUGUGACACUGAACAAACCAAACAGCGCGAUGCAAGUGUGGCAGGCUUCAGCUGCGUUCGUACUCUUCUCCUGUAUGACCACUAGUCUGGUGCUUGGCCAGGGUAUCACGGUACGUCUGGUGAACAACGUGACCAGUGGGCUAGGCAGUCAGUACGAGGGACGUGUGGAGAUCUACAGGAAUGGCACGUGGGGCACGGUCUGCAGUGUCGGCUGGGACUUGGAGGAUGCCAACGUCGCCUGCGUCGUGGCUGGAUUUGAAACAGCCGUUCGACCUGUCACUGACGGUUUCUAUGGACCAGGAGGAAGUGGGUUGCCGAUAAUCCUGGAGAAUUCCCCGUGCGCUGGGACUGAGACGAGUCUCGCCGACUGCCCCGGAAUAACGUGGGACAGCGUGGGGUCAGAGUGCACUCACGAGAGUGAUGCUGGAGUCGUGUGUACAGAUGACUUUGCUGUUCGCCUGGUGGAUGGCCCAAAUCCCCACACUGGCAGAGUGGAGGUCUACCAUUCUGACCAGUGGGGCACCAUCUGUGAUCAUGGCUUUGACUUUCUCGAUGCAGACGUGGUAUGUCAUGAACUGGGCUACCCUGGAGUUGACAGCUUUCAACGGAAUAACCCCUAUCCUGGGGCAAGUGGACCAGUCUGGAUGCACUACCUGCAGUGCAAUGGUUCCGAGGCGUCCAUUGCGCAGUGUCCAUUUGAUGGAUGGGGUUCUUCCUGUGGCCACUAUGAAGAUGUCGGUGUUAUGUGCCUACCAGCUGAUCAUGGAGAUGCUCCCUAUUACCCAAUACGACUCAACAAUGGGACAGCCACUAGCAACACCACCGGAGGACAGCUCCGGCACGGCAGAGUGGAGGUCUACAUCAACGAUACCUGGGGCACCAUUUGUAACUACGGCUGGGGCAUCGAGGAUGCAGAUCUGGCCUGCAGACAAUUAGGGUUUUUCGGGGCCCUGUUUUCAUCCAGUCAGUCAGGGUAUCCAGUGGACACCAACGACUCGGUGCCCAUCUACUGGUCCCAGGUGUUGUGCCACGGGGAUGAGCUGUCUCUCUCCGAGUGUCACCGCAGUACACAAUAUUACUGCUACCACUACCAUGAUGCCACCGUCUUCUGUGCAGGUGUU